AUGAUUUUUCAAAUUGGUUAAAAUGAUGGUCGAAAAUUUUGGUGUAAAAAUAAUAUCCCAAACUUUGACGUUGAGGAAGUAUAAAAUGUGAAGAUUGCUAAUUUCUACAAGAUUGGGAAAACCUUUGGGUAAAAAUGCUUGCGCUAGUAUUUCCUAAUUAAACAAUACUUAUUCUAUUCGGACGUGGGGAAUUUCAAAAACAUAAAGGGCUAUGUCAGAUUGGAUGGAGUUUAUUUAUAAUUCCAAACAGUGAAUUAGGAAUACUAAAUUUAUCUGAGGAAUAAUGGAUUUUAAAUAAUCUUGUGCACAGAUAUCGCAGAGUAAUUCAAGGAAUGGUCAUAUAUAUUGUCCUUGAAGUGCAUCUUGACAACUUUUGAAAAGGAUUAUAAGAUUGGUCCUCUAAUUGGAAAUGGAAGUUUCUCUACAGUUUAUGAAUGCUGGAACCAUGAAGGAGAAUUGUUUGCUGUGAAGGCCAUUGCCAAAUAAUCAUCAAAACAGCUAAAAAUAAACAAAUAAUAUGAGCUACAGUUAUUGAGUGAGAUCAAUGCUUUAAGAGAAUUUAAUCAUGAGAACAUUUUAAAAUUACAUUAAGUUUAUGAAAAUGCCGAAAAGUUGUAUUUAGUUACAGAAUAUGUAAAUGGAUAUGAACUGAUUUCAAAAGCAACUAGUAAAAUCCCUUAUUCAUCAAGUGAAUUAUAAAGUUUUGUAUAUCGAAUGUUGUUGGCAAUUCACACAAUACAUUCGCAAAAUAUUAUGCACAGGGAUAUCAAACCUCAGAAUAUUAUGCUUAGAAAUGGAUAACUACACUCUCCAAUUCUAAUAGAUUUUGGAUUGGCAGUGAGUACAUAAUUCAAAGACAUUCCAUUCCCAUCUUGUGGUUCUUUGGGGUACACAUUUAUCUCUAAUCCAAGUUAUUCAGCUCCAGAAAUUAUAAGAUUCGAGGAAACCAAAAAACAAUAUAAUAGUUAAUGUGAUAUUUUUAGUUUUGGAGUCACUCUGUUUGCUAUAGUAUUUGGGUACAACCCAUUCAAAGGGAAUGAUCAAAAGACAACAGUGAAAAGGAAUGCUGAUGCUUACUUUGAGAUCCCAAGUUCUCCUUAUCCUUCAGAAUGUAAUCUUAUUUUGUUGAUGACUAAAAAGUAUCCGAAGGAUCGAAUUACUGCUUAAUAAGCACUUAACCAUCAAUUUUUUAAAGUCAAAUUUUAUUUGACAAUUAAUUUGCCAAUGUCUAUCAUGACUAAAUAAUAGUAUGAGAUGAGUAAAAGUGAUAAGAAUAUCAAUGUGCAUGCUAGUUUAGAAGUGGAUUGGCAAUUUGGAUUGAAUAAUUAAUUUUUGAACUCUUCAUGCUCUCCCAAAAACCAAAAAAAUAGGACAUCUACUGUUAAUAGUAAUCCAUAGAGAAAGCUUACCGUUCCAUCACUGGAUUAAAUUGAUGAGUUUCAAUUGGAUGUGUAUGAAGAUUCCAUUGAAUUAAGUCAUAUAGAAAAGUUAAAAAUGAAUCAAAACCAUUUUUACAAUCAAAAGAAUUUAUUGAAUUCAAUUCUCUGA